AUGCCUCCGGGUCGACACCAACCCCCAACGGAUCCCGCUUCACCGAAGAAAUUUUCAAACCAGAUUAACCCGCCCCCAAUAUUCAGAUCAAGACAUGCAUGCAACACGUCCCAACACCCUGCCGAUCCUUUCCUUGUUCGGACCCUUCCAGAAGGCUUCCAUGCGUCUUCCGUUUUCAGCCAACCGCCCUUUCCAGCCUUGCUCGAUUCCUCGAAUAACUCGGCCGGCGCCAGGGACGAACAAAGCUUAAUGGAUAGGACCCCGAACACUCCGAUGGCGAUGUUUCUCGCCAAAACUUCCCAUGAAUACAUGUACUUACUGCUCCCUGUCCGGGCCCGCCCCGUUUCUCUAUAG